AUGCGUGCGUUAUUGGUAAAGAACGAUGCGUGGUGUUACGUCAAUGGUGAAGCGAAAGCACCGAAAGUGACGGCCGACGAUCCAACAUCGGAAGCAGCGUUCCGCACGUGGGCUAGAAACGACGACAUGGCGAAAUCCGAUAUAAUAUUAUCAAUCAAUCCGUCGGAAUUGAAGCAGAUUAAGGACUGCAAAACAUCGAACGAGGUAUGGCAAAAGCUGGAACAGAUUUAUCAGUCACGCGGUCCCGCACGUAAGGCUACGCUGUUGAAGAAAUUAAUUCUACAGCGUAUGCACGAGGGCGAAGAUGUUCGCGAACACCUCAGGAGAUUUUUCGACGCCGUAGACAAAUUACACGAAAUGGACAUUGACAUCAACGCCGAUUUAACACUAGCAAUCAUAAGUAAAAACAGGAGAUAUAGUAAGAAAUUGACCAAAAUUAUCAACAUCAAUGACGAUUGUUCUGAGGGUACCUCCGAAGAAGAUCAAUAUGAAUUAUGUGAAAGUGAAGAUUACAGUGAAUAUUCUGAAUCCACUGAAACUGGAGAAAUGGAAGGAUCUUCGGAUAGUGAAGAGGAAAACUUCUUCAAAAUGCGUCGUAACAAGAAAAGGAUGCGAAUUAUUUCUAGUUCUGACACCGAGGAUGAGAGGACGAGUAUUCCAAGUACAUCCCGAGAUGUAAUGGAAGAAAUUGAAAUUGCAGCUGACGGGACAGAGUGGGUGAAACUGAAAGCAGGAAAAUCUAGGGGUAGGCCGCCCGCUCAUUUUAUAUUCAAGGAUAUCGCAGGGCCUACUGGUUACGCAAAAAGAAAUAUUAUGUCGGGUUGUGUAACUAGUGCUUUUGAAUUGAUAAUUGACACUCACAUUAUGAAACACAUAAAAGACUGCACCGAAACCGAGGCACGUUGA